UUCAUAACCCACAAACACACACAAAAACAUCAUGGCAGACUACAAGCAAUCAAACCUGAACGGAGCCUACUAUGGUCCAGCAAUCCCUCCUUCAAGAACUCACCGGAGCAUCGGACGUGGCGGUUGUGACUGUUGUUGCUUUCCAUGCUGCCUCCUCUCCACUCUCCUUAAGCUCAUAUUCUCCAUCAUCAUCAUUCUCGGCAUCAUCGUCCUCAUCCUCUGGCUCGUCCUCCGCCCUAAUGAGAUCAAAGCUUACGUCGAAACUGCCACCCUCUCCAACUUUAGCCUUUCCAGCAACACCACCAACUCCAACUUCCUAACCUCCAACCUCACCAUGGACCUCAGCAUCCGUAACCCUAACAAAAGGAUCAGCUUCUACUACGAUUACAUUGAAACUCAAGCUUGGUAUGAUGACACUCGGAUUGGUUUCAAGACCCUUGACCCGUUUUACCAAGGAAAAAAGAACACCACUGUGUUGCACCCUGAGUUCAGCAGCCGCACUGCUGUCCUUAGUGACUCGGUUGUGACUACUUAUAAUAGAGAGAAGGGUGAGGGUUUCUUUUAUGUGGAUGUUAAGGUUUACAUGAAGAUGAGGUUGAAGGUUGGUAUUUUUAAGAUUCAUGGAUUUAAGCCGGAGAUUGAUUGCACGUUGAAGCUGCCGGCGACGACAAGCAGUGGGAGCGCUGUGUCCACCUUUGAGAGGACCAAGUGCGAUGUUAAUUACUUUUGAUGGAUUGAUGUGGAGCUUGGAGAGGAUCAUUUUUUGAUUCUUUGUUUAUUGUCUCUUGAGUUGUUGCUCCUUUGUUUCUUUCUUGGUGAUUGAUUGUCAUAGAUUUAGUACCCAGUACUAUUAUAUGAUUUAUUUUUAUUUUUAUUUUUUUGGCGGUUUAUAUAUGUUUAUUGGGCAUGGUUAUCUAUGUAUUCUCUUUUGUAUAUAAAUAAAUCUGUGGGAGAUUUAAUAGUU